AUGUCCAAUCCCAAGGACAACAACCUGCCCGUCCAGCCCGACGAACUGCAGGAGCAUAACAGCCUGCAGCCCCUUACUUAUAUUGAUGUCGCAUCGGAGCACAGCACAUCCGUCACUACGCCUGCCGGAGAUGGCGCGCCCCCCGAGUCCAGUGCCUUUGUCAAGGAUGAUGCCUUGAGAACACAAGAGCCCGAGACAGCGAACGACUGCAACUAUGGAAAUAUCCCGUCGGAAAUGUCCUCUUCUCUUGCAAGGGGCCGUGCAUGGUACAGCGAUGCGCAGUCACAGUCCUCACCGGAAGCCACUGGAAACCAGUCUGGCUUUACAAGGAGCCAGACAGCAGAUAACCACCGAAAGUCAAAGACGGAGUUCAACUCGAUCCCGGACGAGGUUGUCCCUGUUGGACUGGACAUGGCCAGGUCCCCCGGUACUGGUUCCCAGGCGCACAGGAAGUCCUCUACUGAAUUCGGCAAGAUUGUGGCUCCCGGCAAGUCAUCUCCUCUUCACGCACUUACACUCUCCUCAACACUAAUAUUGUCUCCAGAUGCCGGUCUCGCGAAACAGCCGCAUGUUCAGGAUCAGGCCGCCGCUCUACCACCUGUGGUCCCGAAGCCUCACUCCGCGCCAGGCGAAAAACAAGACAACGGGGGGCGGAAGGCGGACAGCCAGCUGUGGCAGAAGCCCGAAGCCCAGGGGUCGUCACAGCAGCUCUGGAGAUGA